ACACUUUUCACCGUCAUGGUCCUGGCCCUCGUGGUCGCCUUCGCCGCCGCCGGUGGAUUCGGCGGAGGUGGAUUCGGUGGACGCUUUGGUGGAUUUGGCGGUGGAAAGUUCGGUGGAUUCAGUGGCGGAGGAUUCGGAGGUGGAUUUGGAGGUGGACACAGAGGCUUCGGUGGAGGUUUCGGAGGAUUCGGAGGCGGACACGGAGGGUUCGGAGGUGGAUUUGGAGGAUAUGGACGGUAAAGCAUGGCCUCUCACCCAACACAUCGUAUUCUUAAAUUUUGAUAAUAAAGCUACUAUCAGUGACA